ACAUUUCUUGCAAAUUAAAAAUGGCAUUUCAAUUUUAUAUAUCCGAUGAUUUGCAUGCAAAUGACAUAACUUAAAAAUAGACAGACAAGAAUGAAGCAUACAAAUGUCCAUCAACGUAAUUAGAUGUCUGGAAGACCAAUGAAAUUUCCAUAUACGCUGUCUGCAAAAAUUGCUCAGUUCCCAUUUAUGCAUUACUACAACCAUCCACGCGGUUGGAUAUUGAAGUACUGGUUAAUGUCUACAGUCAUUUGUAUGCCUUUCUUCUAUUAUAUGCAAAAAUUAAGUUACAAUCCAGAAAAUGUGAAACGCUGGGACGAAAUUCGUAAACACCAAUUCUCACCAGAGAUGAGACAUUAAAACUACUGUAAUAUAGCAUAAUGUAUGAAAAUAAAUGCAUGUAAAAUCUUAUAAUUAAGCAGUCGA